AUGACUCCCUUACCUACUAUAUAUAUAACUUUAUAUAUAUCUUUGCAGUCUACUUUAAUUCUAUUAACUUUAACAUUGAUUCUCGUUAUUAGCUCUUUAUAUUUGUUUUUCUUUCAAUCAACUAACAUCAUACCUAUUAUUCCUGAAGAUAUCGAAGAUAAACAUAUUCCGGAUGAAGUUAAAGAAGUCGGUUUGGUUUCUUUUCUUCGUAAAAAACAUCUUAAAUAUGGAUGGAUCGUAACGGAUUUACCUCUAGUGAAUACUAUAUCUAUUAUUGAUCCUAUGGCGAUUAAAUCAAGUCUUCACGUUGGCGAUAGACCUAAAAACCUGUAUCAAUUUCUCGAACCCAUUUUGGGUAAAGAUCAUUUACAAGUUCUUAAUGCUAAAAGUGCAAGUACUUAUAGAGAAUUGUUCGGACCCUCUUUAGAAGUUGAUGCCUUCGCUGGUCAGUAUAAUGAUAUCAGAACUCUUGGAGUGGAAAUGAUCGAUAGAUGGGAAAAAAACAUUGUCUUAAAGCAUGAAAAUGUGAUCAGGAUGCAAGAUCAAAGUCUAGAAUAUUCUUUCAAGGCAACCAUCAAAGCUUUAACCAGUGCCGAUUUGCCUCGAAAUUUUGAUUUGAGAGUUUAUAAAAAAGCUUACGAGGAUGUUAUUGGUGGUUUAUUUGACAAGCAAUUUGGUGUGAUUAGUGAAUUACGUAAUGAACGAAUUCAGAAUUCUAUAAUACAUUUGUUUGAGGUUUUGUACUCUUUAAUUGAUGAAAGGAAGGAUGACGUUGAUAAUAUAAAUGAUAAGAGAAGAAGCGAUUUACUUGGUCUGUUGGUUACGGAGAAAGAUCCAGAAACCGGUGAAAACUUUAAAGAUGGCAAGAUCAGGAGUAUGAUGUCCAUUUUCUUAACUUUUGGAUACCUUACUACUGGAGUUGCCAUUUCUUGGACCAUCUUUUGCAUAACACAAGAUCGAGAUGUCCAAAUUAAAAUUCAAAAUGAGAUCGAUCGCGUUUUGAAAGGACGACUACCUUCACAUAAUGACUUGUCGAAACUUGAUUACCUUACUCAAGUAAUCAAAGAAUCGUUGAGAUUAUAUCCACCAACACCAUUUUUAUCACGUUAUCUCACGAAAAGUAUGAAUCUAAAAACAAAUAAGGAAUCAUUUCAUCUCCUUGCGGGCACGACAAUACUUUAUCCUAUAACAUCAAUUCAUGAGGAUGAACAACUCUUUAAUAAUUCAAAAAAGUUUGAUCCAUCGCGAUUUUCAUCUGAUCAAUUUAAGAAAAUGGAACCAUUAAGUCAUUGUCCCUUUGGAUUUGGUAAAAGGGUUUGUCCUGCAGAAGAAUUAGCUAUGGUUGAAAUAAAAUUAAUGUUGUGCCUUAUUAUGCAAAGGUUUCAUGUGGAAUUAGCUAUGCCAUUAAGUAAAGUUGUAGGAAAUGAAAAAUUCGUUUUAAUGGCAAGAAAUGACAUUUAUGUUAGGUUGGUACCAAGGGAAGACAUUGAAGAGUGA